AUGGUGGAGUGGAGCCUGGACGUGGCGGCGCUGCCAGAGCGGCCGCCCACGCACAUCCAGGAGAGCUACAGCAGCUUGUUCCUGCUGGAUGACGGCGGGAACGACACGUCCUUCCGCCUGCACCCCAACGGGCUGUGCCUGGUGGGCCUGGCGCCCGGGCAUGCCGCUCACUGCGAGCAUGCCGGCGGCAGCGGCGGCGACCAGCCAGGCGCAGCUGGGCAAGGGGCACCAACAGGGCAUGAUGUAAUGCUGCUGGACAGCGCAGCAGAUGGCGUGCAGGGUGCCCGUGCACAGCAGGCUCAGCCUGGGGAAGACGGCUCCCAGCAGCAGCAAGGCAUCCUGCCUCCCUCGGCCCAGCAGCAGAGCGGCGGAGAUGCACGGCUGGCUCUGGCGCCCAAGCUGCUGCAGGCGGAGCUGUCGGUUGGCGGGGCGGAGUACGUGCUGCGCUGCGGCGUGCGGGGCUUGCUGGUGGAGCUGAAUGCGCGGCUGCAGCGGCUGGCGGGGCGGGAGCUGCUCAGAGCUCUUGAGGAUGGCUACCUGGCGAUCCUGGAGCUGAGGGCGGCGGAGGCGCAGCAGCUGGCUGGGCGGUGCUUGUCGGAGGAGCGGUACAGGCAGCGCCUGGCAGAGAAGGGGCAGGGGCAGGAGGCGGCGCAGCAGGCGCGGCCGCCGCAGCAGCAACAGCAGCAGCAGGCUGCAGUGCAAGCAACCCCAGCCCCUGAAGCAAGCUAA